AUGUCUUUCGCGCAACUGAGUGCGGCAGCUUCUGCUGCUGCUGAUGCUGCUUAUAUGGAGGAUGACCGGCGGGCUAAGAAGCUGCAGAAGCAGCUGCGGCUACACAUAGGCAAGUUGCAGUCUUUGCAGCGCAUGCAUGGAACAUAUGACCCCUGUUUUCUGUCUCCACAUGCGUCCUUUGAUGAGCAGCAGCUGCAGCAGGAGCAGGACCAGCUGCAGCAGCACGCGCUGCUGCAGCGCGAGCUAGAGGCCUCCGCAGCUGCUGCUGCGCGUCUUCGCCAGGUCCUGCGGCAGCUGCAGGUGCAUGCCAACGCCGCACCCUCACUGGUUGAGAAGCAGCAAAGGCAGCAACACUACCAGCAGCAUGCUGCUCAUUCAGAGGUGCUGCUGCGAGAGCUUCGGGAUGCUGCUUGUGGGCAGGAAUCGUACCUGCAGCAGCAGCAGCUGGAACAACAGCAACAGGCCGAGCAGCAGCAACAGCAGCAGCUGCAGCAUGAAGAAGGAUUAUCCACACAACGAGAGCAAGGGAGGGUGCACAACGCAGAGCAGCAUGAUGCAGAAUUAACUGCACCGGCAACAGCAGCGGUGUGUCCUGCCACCUCUAGCUUGGGGAGCUCUUCUCGGGUCUCUACCUGUGCUGCUUCUGCAGCAGGUGCAGAUUAUCCCGCGGCAGAAACGUUGGGAGCCUCUGGUGCAGCAGGAGGAGCAGCAGCAGAAGGCCGUUGGGCGCACAGCAUGGGAAAGAACCCUCCUGGGGAUCGUGCGGGUGUCGAUCCCAGCUCCAAUGCGCUGCCUUCUGCUGCUCCCGGUGGACGUGCUGCUUUUGAAAUGCAUGCAGUGCAUGCAAUGCAUACACCACAACCUCACACAAGCUUAGGGCCCAAAAUUGGCGGCUUUUUGGCGCCUCUCCAGCUGCAGCACCAGCUCAUGCAAGCAACCGCUUCGGUGCCCAUCUUCAUUCCUGAUAGCAAAAUAGCGGCCUCUUUGGUGCAGGAGAAAAGAGAUAACUUGGCAAAGAUCCAGCGAGAUGUUAAAAAGCAGGCGAACAAGAAGCUGAACUCGCAGGGGCAGCAAGUGCCUCCCUUCUCUGUUUCUUGUGUUGGUGUACUUCCGUCUGCAGGCAUUCAGUCCCUCUACGAACAAAUGGCUUUCUUCACAAUUGAGCAAGGAAGCCGGCUGGGAGGGCAUCAGGGUUUGGGCCUAGAACAGCACAAACUACGACUUAUCUUCCAGGUCGUGGGUCAGACCUUAGAAGGCAGUCGGCAAGAGGCCGCACGGGCGGCUCGAGAAAUAGCAACGGCUAUGCGUUUACCGUUGUGUCAAAAGAGCAUCGGGUUACCAGCAAGCGAGAGAGACUGCGGGCCGGUCCGCACAGCGUAA